GUCAUACUGGAAUGUUCAAGUGUGGGGAACAGAACUGCCCACGGAAUAUUUCCUUCUAUCUGUCAUCCUCUUGAAAAAGCCAGCACAAAUCAAAACAUCUCGUGGAAACGUUGCCAGUUAGCAUUCGAAGGGUUAACGCAGCUCGAGUCAGAGAGGAGUGGCGAUUCCAGCUCCCUCCCACUCCCUCUCUCUGAGAGAAGCCCAGACUGCAUUCAUUAGUGUUGGUUUCUGCCAGAUCCCUGGGAGGAGUGGAGUGGUGCGAGGCAGGGAAACGGUGAUGCUGUCUACUCCUUCGUAAUCCAAGGGUGAGAGCCUCCUGCCGCAUCGAGACAUCCUGCCUGCCGAAGGGGGGGAUUCUACACUCGCACGUCAGUACAACAUGCCUGCCUUCCCUCACUCAGCACAGCCAGCAAGGGCGAGGAUCCCCCGGCAGGGGCUGUGUGGGUUCACUGCCCUGGUGCUGCUGACGGAGCUGUCCUCCGUACUCUGCUGCCCUGCCAAGUGCAGGUGCGACAGCCUGGGAACACUGUGGUGCAUCAAGACGGGUCUGUCCACCAUCCCCCAACACAUCCCGUCCAACACGUCCAGCAUCUACGCCUUUGAGAACUCCAUCUCGGCGCUGCACAGCGAGGACUUUGCCGGGCUCAAGGAGCUGAAACUCCUCCACCUGUCACACAACAAGAUCUCCAAGCUGCCCCACCAGGUCUUCCAGCCUCUCGCCCUUCUGUCCAACUUGGACCUGUCCUCCAACCAGAUCACCGAGAUCGCCAACGAGACCUUUGCGGGGCUGAGAGAACUGGAGCGCCUGUACCUGCAGAAGAACAAGAUCGCCACCAUCCAGGCUGCAGCCUUUGAGGACCUGGUCAGGCUGGUGGAGCUCAAGCUGCAGGACAACCGGCUCCACCGCAUCCCUCCGCUCCGGCUCCCCACUCUUCUGCUCCUGGACCUCAGCAGGAAUAGCAUCCCAGGAGCGGAGCUCAGAUCCGUCAUGGUGCCAGAGGUCGAGUCAUUAAGGCUGGCUGGGCUGGGCUUGGGCACCAUUAACGGGGAGAUGUUCAAGGGCAUGCGCAGCCUUCAGGAGCUGGACCUGUCGGACAACCAGCUGGCGAGUGUGUCGGCAGCGCUGCAGCACCUGGGAGGGUUAACCUCCCUGAGUCUUCGGGGCAACAACCACAUCUCCCAGUUGUGGAACGAGGACUUCAAGCACAUGAGGAGCCUGCAGAAACUGGACAUCAGCGGGCUCAGUCUCAGGACCAUCCCACAGGGCUUCCUGGACCUCUUCCCCAAGCUGCAAAGCCUUGUAGCCGCUGAGAACCCCUACAACUGCGUCUGCCAGCUGGGCUGGUUCGUCCAGUGGGUGCGGACGAACGGUGCUCUCCUUCAGAGGCAGGAGGAGACUCGAUGCCACUUCCCACCAGUCAACGCCGGCAAACCGCUGGUGGGGUUGGCGCUCGGAGACAUUGGUUGCCCCACUACCAGCGCCCCUGUCAGCACGGCAACCACAGCGUGGUUCUCGCCCACCACAGGUCGAAGGCCAACUCUGGGUUACAAGGUCACAGUGCCACCGGGACAACCGUCGCCCUUCAACGCAGGGCUACUGCUGGAGCUGUCACCGAGACAAACCGGGUGGGCAGCAGGAGACAGCAUCCCUGCCUCACGGCAGAGUGCUUCAAUGGGGGCACCUGCCGGCUGGAUAGGGACGGGCACCAGGUCUGUGCAUGUCCGGUCGGCUUCCAUGGACCUCGCUGCGAGACGACGAACGACAUCCAUGAUCCCCGAGGUUCUCACAAGAGCCUGGUGAACAUUAGCCAGAUAACCAGCACUUCUGUCACACUGGAUCUCCAAGGUUUCAAGCUCUCCCCCAUUUACUACAAAGGUCUCCGGCUGACGUACAAGAACUGGUCAGGCCCCGACCCAAGACCAGUAUCACUCAACAUCCCGACGUCACUGCAGACGUACAGCAUCCGAGGUCUGCGGCCGAACUCAACCUAUCAGAUCUGCGUCGGAGCUCUGGGGGAGACCAAGCCCAAAGAGGAGCCCUGCGCGGUCGCACAGACACUGUCCAUGUCCCAGCCGGCUCCAUUCAUCCACGAAGUGGAUGCCAACCUGACCAGUGUGAUCUGGCCAGCGAUUACAGGCAUGUUCCUGAUCACACUGCUGGUGGUAACAGUCACUUACUACUGCCGGAGAAGGCACAUCAAGAAAAAUUCAGCCCCAGGGCAGGAACCCCAUCCUUACGACAUGGAAGGGAUCAAACCGUGUCUCCAGGAGGGGCUGGUUCCCUCCAACACUCCAAAGGAAGGCGAGUGCCUUGCCCUGCAGACUGAACUGCCAUUAAUCCAGGAGCACCAAAGCAACAGUACUAACCCCUUGUGACCUUUGAUUCAUUGAGAUUAUUGGCAAUUUCCAAAGCCUGAAGACAGCUGUGAAACUCCACUGCUUCAAUCAAAGUCCCUUCCUACUGAUGGGGGCUGCAUGCAGUAUCCCCAAGGAAGUCUCAUUUCAAGUAUACCCAGUAGCCACCAAGCCUAAUUAAUCCAGUCCAGGUUUUCCUUGCCCCACUCUGCACAUGAGCUCAGUCCAGGUUCCCCAUGAAAGUCCAGUCACAAGGAGGGAUCUUGGCUUCAAAUGCAUGACUGUAAAUAUCACUGAUGCCACCCUUGCUAUUCAGACAGUUCUCAGCAUGCAGCAAUACAUGACUUUGUAGGACCAAAUUCCCAGUGCUCCCAGCACCUGGAGCGCACGGAUGACUGUCCAAUACGAAUCCCGCCCCACAAGAUUCCCUGCCUUCCCCGAUGGCACUACAAUGCACAUUGCAGGGGGGGGGGGGGGGGGGGCGGGGGACAGAGAGGUUAGUGGUGCAUGCACACCACCCAUUAACUACUGUAAAUUGCUGAUCACACAUUGUAUAUGAUGAUAUUUGUAAGCAAAUAAAUAUUUUUCUAGAGAACAGAUAUCCAGGCUGCAGUUUGGAAUUGGUUUAUUAUUGUCACAUGUACCAAGGUACAGUGAAAAACUUUGUUUUGCAUGCCAUCCACAUAGAUCAUUUCGUCACAUCAGUGCAUUGAGGUAGUACAAGGGAAAAUAACAGAAUGCAGAAUAAAGUGUCACAGCUACAGAGAAAAUGCAGUGCAGGCAGACAAUAAGGUGCAAGGUCAUAACGAGGUAGAUUGUGAGGUCAAGAGUCCACCUUAUCAUACUAGGGGAUCGUUCAACAGUCUUAUAACAGCGGGAUAGAAGCUGUCCUUGAGCCUGGUGGUACGUGCUUUCAGGCUUUUGUAUCUUCUGCCCGUUGGGAGGGAGGAGAAGAGACAAUGGCUGGGGCAUGGGUCUUUGAUUAUUCCUUGUUACACGGACAGUUAGUGGCUGUAGGGAAUGGUCCACACGGGGAGAGAGGAGAGUAAGAGAGCUGGCACGGCAGUGGGCCCACAACAGUGGGGGAGGGAUGUGGACAAAGGGUCGAGGGUCAGGCAGUGACACACAGGGCUGGGGGCAGGAAGGUCAGUGUAUCAGGACAGAAACCUGAGUCCAGACCAGUAGUGGGAUAGUCUUGAGGUAUCACAGGGAUUUCAAAAGCACUAUCGCCCUUCUAACAAAAUAUUGUCCGAGGAAUCCCAGUCUUUUGGAAAGUCUUGUAAUGCUAUUACAACACCAGCGACCCAGGUUCAAUUCCUGCUGCUGUAAGGAGCUUGUAUGUUCUCCCUGUGUCUGCGUGGGUUUCCUCCCACAUUCUAAAGAUGUACAAGCUAGGAAGUUGUGGGCGUGCUAUGUUGACACCAGAAGUGUGGUCUCACUUACGGGCUUCCCCAGAACACUCUACGCAAAAGAUGCAUUUCACUGUGUGUUUCGAUGUACAUGUGACUAGUAAAGAACUCUUAUCGGAACACAGGGACCUAGGAGUACAAGUGCAUAGUUCAUGGAAAGCAGCAUCACAGGUAGACAGGAUGGUGAAAAAGGCUUUUAGAGUUCUGGCCUUCAUCAGUCAGGGCACUGAGUAUAAGAGUUGGGACAUCAUGUUGCAGUUGUACAAGUUGUUGGUGAGGCCGCACUUGGAAUUACUGUGUAGUUUCGGUCACCCUGUAUAGGAAAGACGUGGUUAAACUGGAAAGAGCACAGAAAAGAUUUGUGAGGAUGUUGCCAGGAUCAGAGGGCCUGAGUUACAGGGAGAGGUUGG